AAAACCAUUCACAUCACUGGAUAGAUCGGUCGACACAGUGGUAUUUUCUCUUAGACGUUAAAAGCAUAAUAAUUUUUCGUGGUUUUGUUGAUGAUAGCAUAAUUUUGGAUUGUUCUAUAAAAAGAAAGUUUCUUUGUGAGUUUUUGUGCUGAAACGUGAUAGAAAACAAUAUCAUAGACGAAUAAAAAAACAUCAACCAAAGUUUUUGUUUCUGUGAAUUGAAAUUUUUUUUUCUCUUUUUUCUUCUGAUAAAGAAAGUAGAAUUUCCUGAAACUAAAAAAAAUGAUUCGGGAAAAUGUUUUGUGGUUUCUGUUGCUUGGAUCUUUGAUGACCAUAAACGAAUGCCAGAGUCGAGCGGUAAACAUCAGCAACACAUGGACACUGCCGCAAGAAGGAUUCUCCGUGUUCUAUCGGUUCUUCAGAGAUAAGAUAUCUUGGUUUGAAGCAGAUGCAGUUUGUCAAUUUCAUCAUGCCAAUUUAGUUACAGUUGAUAACGGUGUUCAGUUUGAUGCAGCAAGAGCCUUUUUAAAAGAGUUAGAUGUCACCGAAUUUGUAUGGAUUGGUUUGAUGCGACCACAAAAUACCCAGCACUUUGGAUGGACAAAUUCGAAACCAUUGGAUUCAACAUCCGGCUAUUGGGCUGAACCAUUACCUGCAAUGGAAUCACCGUUAUGUGCCGUUAUCGAUCCUGCUCGAGAUUUCCGUUGGCAUGCUUUACGAUGUGGUGGCCCGGAAACGGCGGCAUUUUUAUGCGAAAUGGAAGUUCCACAAUGGGCAGCCGAAUGUACCGUUCAGGCAAUACCAUCAUUGACGAUUCAAUAUAUGUCCGACAGUGGCACUGUUGAGUUGUCUCGUGAUUGUGGUGAGGAGGGUACACGACAUAUGCCAUGCCAUGGCAAGGAAGAUCGAAAUACAAUAUUAGGUGAAUUAACUUGUAUCGAUGACACAGACAUCAAUGACAACUCGCUGAAACAGUCGUCGGAUCUAUUAGGUGACAUUCAUCAAAAGUCUGUGGAGCUCAUUAAGGCAGUCUCGUCGGAUAACAAAGAGGAUAAUAACAUUAAUGGUGGGAUUGACGAUGGUGCGAAAGUUGAAUCCAAGCCGAAUGACCGACUCAAAUUGAAUUUAGAUGAUAUUAUGAUGGGUGACCAACCAAUGCCGCCGCACAGUGAAGAGAAAGUCGAUUUUAAAUCAAUGGCUAAAGCAGACAAAAAGCACAAGAAAAAGGCUGACCUAGAGGAGAAGUAUUUGAAGAAAAUUACAAAGAAAAAAUUGGAAAAAGAUGAAAGUGAUGAGCUGAUGAUGGGUGAUCAACCAGUAAGCGAUGACACAACUGUUGAACCUAGGCCUAGAGAAGUUACAUCGUCGCCAACACUAUACAUUUCUACCACAUUAUCUGAUUUCACAGAAGCAAUUGUAUCGUCAACAACAAUUCUCACCACAACCGAGACCCGGCUACGCAGAGAAACAGAAAUUUCAGGCAGUGAAGGCCCAUCUACAGACAGUUCAGUUUUUACCACCCAAUCAUCACUGCCUCAAAUCGCCAUCACCAGCUCACCUGUUCAAACACGGAACAAAGUCGACAUUAAACCUACACUGAAACCGCAUAUUUCAGACGCACAUGCAUCGACUCCUCAUCAUCAGAAAGAAACCCAAGAAGUUCACAUGUCUUCCGAUCACUUCAUACCCCCCAUGUUAUUAGUUCGGACACAAUUUUCAUUAUCAAAUGGUCAUGGUGAACAUGUGGAAGGUCCACGGAGACAUAUCGACGAUCAUGAGGUUACAACUGCCUCUUCGAAUGAACCCAUCGCCAAAAUUAAAACAUCUCAUCCCAUCCCUUCAACAACGGAUGAAACAACAACUGCUGACGUUACCACCGCUGAAGUCACAACAGCUGGAGUCACAACGGCAACCAUUAUUUCCUCAACAACGGAAGGACAAACAUCUCCAAUUUUAGACGUUACCACAACAACCAAACCGAUUACUGAAUCUGCUGUCACAUCCAUUGAUACAUCCACAAUGAAACAAGAUGCAUCAACAACUACCGUCGCAUCUACAACACUCACCCAAUACGAUCAAACCACAAAGCUUCCGACGUCGGCUAUACCAUCUGAACAUGUAAUCGAAUUGAAAAAAGUAACCGAAAGUUCAAACACACCCAGUACCGAAGCGCCACGAUUUCGUCAACCGCAUGCACCAAAACAUUCUGUAGAGACACAUCCCAAAACUCAACCACCGACAACAGUAUACUCAGUUGAAUCAUCUGACUCAACAACUCCAGACCUAGCCACCGCAUCUCCAUCAAAACAAACCACUGAAAAUGUUGUAACUGAGCACUUGGAAUCAAUAAACACGGUCACAGUUACAACAUCUUCACCCAUUGUUGAUACGGAAAUGUCGGCACGUAAUAACUGCAGCUCAAAUUUGGAUAUAUCCAACGAUAAACCAAUCGAAUUAUCAAAAAAAGAUCACGGUACCGGCACCAAACAUCACCAUUCCACUAACUUACAUUCCGAUCACAACUUGAACGAUCAUCUAGCCGAAUCGACUGACAACGACGAUCCCUGCUGGACCGACGAAAGUGUUGGCGUUAAUCUAUCGAAUUCGGAUGUCGAACAACCAUAUCGUCCCAAUCGAAGAAGAGUGUUGAUAAAACCGGAGACACAUUCUUACAUAAAGAAGGUUUUGGGUUAGAUUUUUUGUUUCAAAAACAUCGUUUCGAGAUUUCUAUAUUUAAGCAAAGAUGAAAAAUUUAAAAACAAUUAAAAAUUUUAUUCUUAAAGAGAAGGAGAAAGUCGUGGAUGUUGACUCUUUGUACACAUAUUCACAGUGCACAUACAACAAAAAA